UUUCUUUCUCUCUCUCCCUUUUUUUUUUUUCCUUUUAAUUUCUUGUUUGUUUCUUCGCCUACACGCCUAUCAGGAUUUGGUGGGCUUGAGACUGCCAACUCCACCGCCAGUGGGUUUAAUUUUGGGGGUUUCGGAUUAACUGCUAAUCCUGCAGUGAACUUUAAUAUUGGGAAUUUCGGUGUGUCUACCACUUCGGCAACUCCGUUCAAUUUUGGUAACAGUCUGGCAAGUGCAGGUGGGUUUGGAGGAUUUGGGACCACAACCACCACAGCAGGUUCUGCAUUCAGCUUUUCUGCUCCAACUAACACAGGCACUACUGGGCUCUUCGGUGGUACUCAGAACAAAGGUUUCGGAUUUGGUACUGGUUUUGGCACAACAACAGGAACUAGUACUGGUUUGGGGACUGGACUGGGAACUGGACUGGGAUUUGGAGGAUUUAAUACCCAGCAGCAGCAGCAGACAACACUAGGUGGUCUCUUCAGUCAGCCUGCACAAGCUCCAGCCCAGUCCAACCAUCUGAUACAUACAGCAAGUGCUCUCUCUGCUCCAACCCUACUGGGAGAUGAAAGAGAUGCCAUUUUGGCAAAAUGGAAUCAGCUGCAGGCCUUUUGGGGGACAGGAAAAGGAUAUUUUAACAAUAACAAUGCACCAGUGGAAUUCACCCAAGAAAAUCCCUUUUGCCGAUUUAAGGCAGUCGGUUACAGUUGUAUGCCCAGUAACAAAGAUGAAGACGGCCUGGUGGUUUUAGUUUUCAGCAAGAGAGAAGCAGACAUCCGAAGCCAGCAGCAGCAGUUGGUGGAAGCAUUGCAUAAAGUUGUAGGAGGAAACCAGACCCUGGCUGUGAAUGUGGAGGGAAUUAAAGCAUUGCCUGAUGAUCAGACAGAAGUUGUCAUAUAUGUUGUUGAACGUUCUCCGAAUGGUACUUCCAGGAGGGUUCCAGCGACCCCUCUCUAUGCCCGUUUUGAACAGGCUGACAUCAAACCACAGCUGCAGCAACUUGGAGUGAUCCUGUGUGUGCCUCGGACAGAGCUCUCUCCUGCACAGCUCAAACAGCUCUUACAGAACCCCCCUGCUGGAGUUGACCCUAUUAUAUGGGAACAAGCCAAGGUGGAUAACCCUGAUUCAGAAAAAUUAAUCCCUGUACCAAUGGUGGGUUUCAAAGAGCUGCUGAGAAGACUGAAGGUUCAGGAGCAGAUGACAAAGCAGCAUCAGACCAGACUAGAUAUUAUAUCGGAAGAUAUUAGUGAGUUACAGAAAAAUCAAACUACAACUGUGGCCAAAAUUGCACAGUACAAGAGGAAACUCAUGGAUCUUUCCCAUAGAACUUUACAGGUUCUAAUUAAGCAGGAAAUUCAGCGGAAGAGUGGCUAUGCCAUCCAGGCAGAUGAAGAGCAGUUGAGAGUUCAACUAGAUACAAUUCAGUGUGAACUAAAUGCCCCUACACAGUUCAAGGGGCGACUAAAUGAAUUGAUGUCCCAAAUCCGUAUGCAGAAUCACUUUGGACAAGUCAGAUCAGAGGAAAGGUAUCACAUAGAUGCAGAUCUGCUACGAGAAAUCAAGCAGCAUUUGAAACAGCAGCAGGAAGGUCUAAGCCACCUGAUUAGCAUCAUAAAAGAUGAUCUAGAAGAUAUAAAGCUGGUGGAACAUGGAUUGAAUGAAACCAUCCACAUCAGAGGUGGCGUCUUCAGUUGACAUUUACCACCCGGGCUCGAGGUUGGUGAGCUGCAUCCCUGACUGCACCAGGCCCUCCCUCGAGAACUUAUUAGAUGGAGAAGGAGAAAAGAAAUGGAAAAAACCUACCCUCUCCUGGCUUGGUUACUGACAGAUUAUUGUUCAUUGUGUCUGAAAUAACAUGUCACCUCAGUUUUUCAAAGCUAGCCUUUGAAAGGUUUAUGCCUAAAGCUGUAUUUACUUUAAAAAGAGAAGUACACAUUGACCAAAAGUAUAUGUAUUAUUGUACAUUGUUACAACAGCAUCGUACUUUGAAAACAAUCGGUAUUUAGAGGUGAUUCUCCCUUGAGCCUGUACUCUGCUUUCUACAACAAGUAUGAAAUGUCUACUUUGCACAUACAAAAUAAACUGUAUAAUGACUUGGCUGCUGGAGUUUGGGACUUCAGAAUGUAAGUGUACAUCUGUUUUUAUAUUUGUGGGAAGAGUAAAGAAAAUCUUUAAGAAUCUCAAA